AAGCAGUGCCACAGCUGAGUUCGCUGAGUCAGGCUGACUUGAAGAGUCUUCAAUCAUCUCUGUGAUAAAGGAAAACCUGACGGAACCUGUCGCUAACACUACCUUGAAAGUUGACUGAGUCAGUGAAGCCCUCCAGAAACUGUUGGGAAACUGGAAACCUGUUGUACUGUGGAAGAAGACAUUUACUCAGAAGAAAAAAAGGGCAUACAUACGCUCAUCAAGAAACAAACAAAAUCUCUAACUUGAAGACUUGCUGAUCGGAUCAAGAUGCAAGAGACGAGCCUCUUCACCCAAAGAAAAGAAGCAGUAGCACUGUGCUUUGUGCUGCUAGUGUUGGCUCAGCAGGUGUGUGCAGGUCCGUUAGUCCAACAGGUCCACUCUAGAUCAGAGCAGAAAGAAGUCUCAACCGGGGUCCAAGUGCUGAGGAGGGUAGCUCGUAUGACCCCUCUGUGGAGGAUCAUGAACAGCAAACCAUUCGGAGCUUACUGCCAGAACAACUACGAAUGCUCGACAGGACUCUGCAGGGCUGGACACUGCUCUAACAGCCAGCGUGCCCCCUCAGAGGCCGCAAACUACUAGACGUCAUGGACACAUCCGUGUUUACAUCAGUGUACAGCCAUAAUCCUUAUGACUGGGGAUAUGCCCAGCCCUUUGUUUCAUUGAUUUUAUAUUUAUAUGUGCCAAAAAGUUGCUGAUAAAACAUGUUUAUAUGAUUUUCCACAAAAGUUAGUUACAUCCAAGGAAAGGUAUGACAGGAGAAAUUAUAGUGUCACUUAAUGUAUUUAAAAUGUAAAAAAUAGAAAUAUCACUCAAACUGAAAUGGAAGAAAUGAGGCUUUAUACUUUUAUACUUCAUCAUUUGAAACCAUUUCUUGUUUAACAAGGCUGCAAACAACUCAAAAAAUAUUUGUUUCUUAAGUAAUAUUCAGCCCUGAUUUCCAAUUUGAGGCUUUAGUUACCAUGUAUCUGUUGUUUAAAUUGUGUUACUUGAUGUGGGAUGGAGCAGAAAGCAAUUCAAACCUUUUAAAAAUUGCUGACCUUUUCAGGAUUUAUUAUUAGUCUGUGUUUGUUAAGCUAUCUCUUCAAUGUUUCCUUCAGCCUAAUCAUUCAACUGAUAAUGUUUUAAAUGGAAACAAAAAGGCCUCCGCGAAAAUGGUCUUGGUUAUUAACAACAAAAUGAACAAUAACCCAUUACAGAAGUAUAUGCCAUAUGUCAACGCAUGGUGCAGUUCAAGAUCAUACCGCAAAUGGCUUGUUUUAAUGAUGACCCAUCGAUAUCUAUUUGGGUAACUAUCUAGGAGAAAACUGAAGAAAACACAAUGUAGAACAAAGCAGGAAAAUAGGAAUAAAAGGGAAAGCAAAGACGAAGGAGCAGAGGUAGCAAAAUAUUCAUGCAAUGCUAUAGCGCAAUCAAAUUUGUCAACAGCUUUAUUUCAUCGUAAAUUGUUUUGAGGUUUCUGUUAAAUCUGCAUCCAUUGUCAAUUUUAACAUGUUAUUGUUUAUUACUUGUACGAAUACAAUGCACAUAUUCGUGAAUCAGAGAUGAACAGCCAUGUAUUGUUUUGGGUUUUUUGCACAUCCAUCUCCUCAUAUUGAUAAGCAAUCAGGGAUUAAACUUUUAACACGCCUGCAUAGUUUACGUCACGCACAGAGCAGGUGAUGGCUGAUACUUUUUAUGAAAACAUUUGAGUAGGAUUGCACUUUUAAACGCAAAUUAUCUUUGUACUGUGUCCUGUCUACUGUUUGUACUGACUAACAUGUAGAAGGCUGGAGGCGGGGAGGGGGAAGUGGAAUAAAAGCAUCGGAAAAUAAG